GCCCUCUGCGGUGAAGCAGAGACCACGCCGCCAUGCCUCCCUCUGGGCCCCGUGCAACCCUCCUCCUGCCACUGCUGCUGCUGCUGCGCGCUGUUCUGGCCGUGCCCCUGGAACGGGGGGCGCCCAAGCAGGAGAGCCCCGCGACCGAGAGCCCCGUGAGUGGCCCUGCCCUGCUCUCCAGCCAGGUGUUUGCAGUGGACACAGGUCUGUACUACCACCGGUACCUCCAGGAGGUCAUCAAUGUGCUGGAGACGGACGGGCACUUCCGGGAGAAGCUGCAGGCCGCCAACGCUGAGGACAUCAAGAGCGGGAAGCUGAGCCGGGAGCUGGACUUCGUCAGCCACCAUGUCCGCACCAAGCUGGACGAGCUCAAGCGGCAGGAGGUGUCCCGGCUGCGGAUGCUGCUCAAGGCCAAGAUGGACGCAGAGCAGGAGCCCAACAUACAGUUGGAUCACCUGAGCCUCCUGAAGCAGUUUGAACACCUGGACCCUCAGAAUCAGCACACGUUUGAGGCCCGGGACCUGGAGCUGCUAAUCCAGACGGCCACCCGGGACCUUGCCCAGUAUGAUGCAGCCCAUCAUGAAGAAUUCAAACGCUAUGAGAUGCUCAAGGAACAUGAGAGACGCCGUUAUCUGGAGUCACUGGGAGAAGAGCAGCGAAAGGAGGCAGAGAGGAAGCUGGAAGAGCAGCAGCGCCGGCACCGAGAGCACCCCAAAGUCAAUGUGCCUGGCAGCCAAGCCCAGUUGAAGGAGGUCUGGGAGGAGCUGGAUGGAUUGGACCCCAACAGGUUUAACCCCAAGACCUUCUUCAUACUGCAUGAUAUCAACAGUGAUGGUGUCCUGGACGAGCAGGAGCUGGAGGCUCUCUUCACCAAGGAGCUGGAGAAGGUGUACGACCCUAAGAACGAGGAGGACGACAUGCGGGAGAUGGAGGAGGAGCGUCUGCGCAUGCGGGAGCACGUGAUGAAGAAUGUGGACACCAACCAGGACCGCCUUGUGACCCUGGAGGAGUUCCUCGCGUCCACCCAGAGGAAGGAGUUCGGGGACACAGGGGAGGGCUGGGAGACCGUGGAGAUGCACCCUGCCUACACACAGGAAGAGCUGAAGCGUUUUGAGGAGGAGCUGGCUGCCCGAGAGGCGGAGCUGAAUGCCAAGGCGCAGCGCCUCAGCCAGGAGACCGAGGCCCUGGGGCGCUCCCAGGGCCGCCUGGAAGCCCAGAAGAGAGAGCUGCAGCAGGCCGUUCUGCAGAUGGAACAGAGGAAGCAGCAGCAGCAGGGCCACAAUGGCCCAGCGCCCGGCCCUGAGGGACAGCUCAAGCUCCACCCGGACACAGAUGAUGCACUUGUCCCAGCUCCAGCUGGUGACCAGAAGGAUGUGGACCCUUUAGGAAAGAAGGUUCCUGAACAGCCACCCAGGCUGCCCCAGCUGGAUUCCCAACACCUGUGACCCUCCUAGGAACCCCCCCAACCACCACUCUGGGUUCCUACCGAAGCAGCUGAUGGGAGGUGACUGGGGUGCCACAAUCAACCUCCUCUGGGGGCCAGCCACAUGCGUGGUCUCCUGGGGCAGAGGGUAGAGGGCAGCAGCACUUCGCACAUUGCUGCCUGGGCCCUGAAUCUGUUGCUCAGCUUCCACAGCCUCUCAGUCCAGGGUCCCUAUUUUCUGUCCCUCUCCAAGGAACUCGUCUCCUCCUCAUGUCCAGCUGGGUCCUCACUGCGUCAGCCUAACUUAGGGAAGCCCCCUGCUCCCAGAUGGUCUGCUUGGCACCUGCCCUCCCAGAUGGCUUGGCUUCAGCCACCCCGGGUUGUGGCCACUGCAGCAUCCUGUGUCCCCACAGCUGCCGGAAUCCUGCCUGAUGCUCUGGGCAUGGCUUCUGUUGAUUUAUGGGGCCCCUUGCAAGCUUUCCCUGCCUUUUGUGGGACCAGUAAUGCCUCAAAGAUGGUGUCUUCCCUAUGGCUGGGUGCAAGGGGCAGCAGAGUCCCUAGAGUAGCUCAUCAGCUCUGAGACCAGGAGCCUGGACUCUCCCUGGCCCGCCGCCUCCCCCUACCUGACGGCUUGGCGCCCAGCCCUUUCCCUCCAGCCCCAGAAGAGUCCUGGAGCUACUCUGCCUCGGGAUCAGGUUCCAGCCCCUCAGCCCCGGCUGGGAGCCCUGCCCACCUUCUGGCCUUAUCUCGCUGCUCCUAGUUCCCUAUGUUCUAGUUCCUCCCAAAUAGACUUUCUGGAACAAA